GUCGCAUUCAUGUAAAGCUGUAUUAUAGAAUUCCAUAAAAUGCGACAUUGUUUUCUGAAAAACACUGUGUACAAGCCUUGGUAUCUAUGAGUAUAUAAGAGCACACCAAGUGCUAGUCUUAUUUUUUUCUACAUUUACACUUGAAACCACGUGAUAAUGAACAUUCAAUCCUUGUAUGGAAAUGAGAAAGGUUCUGUCAUGGACGAGUACGGUAGACCGGAAUCAAUGGAUUAUAUUGCUGAUAAGGAGCAGUUUUCGUCGUCAAACAUUGAGUUCUCAUACUGCUUAAACGUAGUUAGCUCCGCAGCUUCUUGCGAAUAUAGAAUACAACCUAAAGUUGUAAAGACAAAGAUCAGAUACCACUUUCAGCUUGGACAUAAUCCUCAACAAGCCCUCAAUUACCUUCAGUCCGAAAAGUUCGAUAACAUUACAAAAAAGGUCUUGAGAACAUGCAUUAUCACUUCUACACCUCUGAAAAAGGAAACUAUUCUGAAAGCUAAACGCAUGCCUGAGAGCUUAAUCAUUGAUGCAACGUACAAGUCGAAUGCCCACAAGCAAGCAUUCAUAAACAUAGUUGGUGCAAGCAGUGUGGUGUCUCGUAACCUUGAUUCUUUGGCCACUCUCGAGAUUGUAGGAGCUUGGGUUAUUGAAGAGCAAACAUAUAACUAUGCAUGGGCCCUCAAUUGCUUAAAAGAGACAGUGUGGCCAGCAUCACUUGAUCAGCAAACACCUCUUCCUUCGGUGCUUCAACAAACAGUCGAGAUACAACAAAAAUCCGCUUGUCACCAUGCAACUACGGAUCACGAAAGAGCUACCCGCUUUCAUGAGGCGUACAUUAUUGAUGUAGCUUAUGGCACAAACAGCUUGAAGAUGCCAUUAAUCUGUGUUUAUGGUGUAAGCAGUCUUGGUAGACAAACUCUGAAGACUUUCCCGAUCACGUUUGCUUGGGUAGCAAACGAAAGAGAAGAGGCCUAUUCCUGGUCCUUGAAGACAUUAGACAACGUGCUUGGAGAAGUACCAAAAGAAACUAUAGUCAUACCGACAGCCAAGCUUUGCAGAAUUUUUGAAAAAUGGAAACAGAAUAAGGAUUUGUUUGUGAAUGAAGUCGAACGAAUCAAGCUCAAAAAUUACUAUGAAAUCGAGUGGAAGCUUCAUUUAGAAAAAUGGGCAGCGAUUUACACUUCAAAGCUCCAGCGUAUGCGCUGCACCACAACUCAAAGAGCCGACAGUGACCAUAGUGCUCUGAAAAAAGGGAUGUUUGCUGUACAGCCUCUUCAGAUGUCGUUUGAAGAGAUCAAUGAUUAUAUAGAAAAGUUAGGAAGAGGCUUCAACGAUCUGCAGCAAAAAGAAAAAAGCAAGCAAUCAGGAUGGACUGCUUGUACCAAUGAGUUUUUUGCCAGUUAA